CAAAAACAACAAGAAAAAGAUAAAGAAGAUUUUUUAAAAAUAUAUUUUUUCUUUUCAAGAAAGAAUGGCUGCGCACAAAAAGAAUCUUACAUCUUUCAUCAUUGUUUUGAUAAUGAUUGUGUUAUCAAUGUUCAGCGAAUGCGGCGAAGGAAUGAAAAGAAAACAUUUGGGAUAUGGAGCUAUAGGAAAAGAUAGAAUUCCUGCAUGCGGCUUUAAAAACCCUAAGGAAUGUAUCAAAAUUCCGGCUAAUCCUUACCACCGUGGUUGUGAAACUUCAACACGUUGUCGUCAUCAAAUUUCUUUAUAACUAAUGGUCCCUAAAUCAUAUGUCUAAUUUAUUUGUUUUCUAAAAUAUGAAAUGAUGUUCUUUUAUUGAUAAAUGUUAUUUAUGUAA